CCCUCCCCCUCCUUUCUCUCCCUCCUGCCGUCCGAUCCGCAGCAGCAGCAGCAGCAGCAGGACGGAGGUACUUCAGUUUUUGAAGCCGUGGCAUGAAUGAUCUCAUCUGAACCUGAUCUCCGCUUUCUCUGCCGUCGAUCCUAUGACCGAGACGGGAGUAAAAUAACACAGACACGAGCAGGAGUCUUGCUUCAGACUGGCCUAAAAUGGGCAGAAAUGGUGCUGAACAAAAGCUGCUUGUCGCGCGUACAAAAGUACUUGAAGCGCUGCAGCCGGGACCGAGCUGCAUUGCUAUUGCCUGUGCCUCUCAACAGGAAAGGUAUAGCAAACUUUUAAGGAAAUCCCAAACGCAAUCAUUUACUUAUCACUGUAGUUCAGAGUUGCAGCUUUUUCUUCUUUGUUUUUUUUUUCUGUGCAAGUUAUUUAUGUCACAACUGCUUUAAGCAGAUUUUUUUCUGUCCACACAGAUAUUACUACACCACUCUAACCUCAUUACAUCUGUCACUAAUUUGAGUAAUUACACGACACUUACAGUACCUAGUGAAAGUAAUCACACCCCUUGAACUUAAUGGGUUUUUCUCCUUUUAAAGAAUUUUAUUGGGAUUUAAAUGUGAAAGCGCCAGGCAAAGUUGGGCAAAAUUGUAAAGCAGGACGAAAAUAGUAUUGCUUUCCAAAUAAAAAUCUUCUCCAGUUUCAAGAUUUUGGCAGUCUUUAAAGAAUCGGUGUUAUGUAAAAUUGAGCUUUACGUCGUGUUUUAUUAUUAUUACCUCAUCAAAACAUACCUAAUAUAUUGCUUUGAUUCUUUCAUUCAUGUUUGAGAAAUUCUUGAACCUGAAUGCUCGUUCUCACCGAGCUCCGCCUUUUUACCCAGAGGGCCGCCUUGGUGCAUCCGCAGAGUUUGUUAGAGGAACUACUUCUCUUCCUAAGAUGGGUUGUAAACAGAUGACAAAAACUUCCCUGAUCUCUUGGUCAGGGAUGCAAUGAUGUGCAAACUGGGCCGAUAUCAAUAUCCAAUGUCAAUACUGCUGUUGGGCCCGAUAACUGAUAUUUACACUUUAGAUUUGAACAUCCCUACCAUUUUGACACCUUGACGAAAGCAACCACAGUACUGACUUCACCUCUCAAGUUAAACUCCCCACAAUCCUUUGCUGCAUCACUGUCACUUUCAUGCGACGCCCUCCAGACACAGAUGGCAACAAAAGGAAUUAAAUAUUGGUUGUUAAUAUCAGCCCAGAUUUAUUUAUUGGUUCAAUACAAAUAUUUUAAAUGGUUAAUAUAGACAGAUAGAGAUAAAGAUACUGUAGAAUAAAUGACCAUGAACCCAACAUACGAUGAAUCUGGGGUCCAUAUCGUGCAUCCGUCGUCUAGAUGUUCAAAGUUGUUGGAGAAAAAAUGCAUCUAUAUUUGGAGGGAAAGUAUUAACUGGUGGUGCUUAAUACAAAUACAGUUUUUAAACGUGUCUAGAUUCUUUUCAGUUCAGUUCUGUUCUGCUUCCAAUAAAUCCCACUAAAACACUGAUGUUUCUGACAGUAAUGUGAUAAAGCGUGAAAAAGUUCAAGCGGUGUGACUAUUUCUUUAUUCAAAGCACAGUUUUCUCCUCACUUAAAUUAGCCAGUGCAACUCUGAAACACUUUUAUGGUUGUGAAUUUGUUCGUAAUGAGUUCCUGUCAGUAGUUCUCACUCUGCGUUUUCUUCCCUCCCUGCCUGCAGCAGAGAGACAUCAUGUUCCCGAAGGGCACCAAGCGCAAGUUCUCCGACUCCGGAGAGGAGGCGGUGUGUGGCGGCGGCGGUGAUCAGGGCCCCUCGGCCGCACCGGCCCCGUCCCCCGCUGCGGCCCGGACGCUGUCGUCGUCCUACAGCCUGCAGCGGCAGUCGCUGCUCGACAUGUCGCUGAUCAAGCUGCAGCUCUGCCACAUGCUGGUGGAGCCCAACCUCUGCCGCUCUGUGCUCAUUGCCAACACGGUGCGGCAGAUCCAGGAGGAGAUGACCCAGGACGGCACCUGGCAGAUCAUGACCCAGGCCCUGGCGGCCGCCCAGUGCCCCGCCGACCGCCUGGUGGCCACCGAGGUGCUGUGCAGACAGACAGAGGCGGCGGCGGCGGCGGCGGCGGCGGCGGCAGCGCAGGCCGGCCAGAGCCCCAAACCCUUCUCCGUGUCCGGGCUGGAGGAGGGCUACCACUCGGAGGAGGUGGUGAUGGACGGGGACGCCGAGGCGGAGGUCGCCAUGUCGUCCCUGUCGCCCGUCUCACCUCAGCUGUCCUCGGCGACCUACCUGGCGGGGCCGUUCGGGAUGGGGCCCUGCUGGGAGGACGACGAGGAGGACGGCGACUGCGAUGAGGAUGAGGAGGAGGACAGCGAGGAGUGCGCGUCGGAAGGCGAGGACGCUGAGCGGCACCACCUGAGAGCGGACUCCAGGACAGGGGAGCAGGUCUUCGGGACUUUUGAGAUCAAGCACCCGGCGCCGCCGCCCGACCCGGCGCUGGAGGAGCUGUUCUCUGACGUAGACCCGUCCUACUACGACCUGGACACGGUGCUGACGGGCAUGCAGAGCACCCCCAAAAUGGGGCCUUACGACCUGUUGGAGAGCCUGUCCUCUCACGGGCCGACGGCGCUGAGCUCCAGCGCCACCUGCAGGUCCGACCUCAACGAACUGGACCACAUCAUGGAGAUCAUCGUGGGCUCCUGAACGCGAUCCCAGACUAUGCACAGCACAACGUGCGUGUCGGUGAUGUUACAGAUCCUUCCAGGUUUUGGGAACAAGGUGGGGAGCGAGGGGUGGGGUAAUCAUGGAGAAGGUCCUCUUUCACUGUAGAGGAGUGAAUGACUUUGGGUUUUUAUUAACCCACAUGACCAGGGAGCAAAGUUAGCGUCCCGCUCUGUCAAACCCUCCCGCGGUCUUAGGAGAGUUUGAGAGUUUUUUAUUUGCCCCUUCUUUUCCCCUUCUCUUCUACUCUCUCCAACCGUCAACAUCCCCUUGUGCGCCGUGCUAAGACAGCGAGAGGGUUACGAAAAGUCCAAAACCUGCGACUGUCUGUGAGAAGGCAAAGAUAAUUACCUACACCGCGAUGCAUUCUGACUUCCUGUCGUUUCCGUCUCGUUCUAGCUCCUUCUGGUCCGACUCUUGCCUUUUUUACGUCCAGCUCUAUUUAUUGUUACAUGGACCAAGGAACAACUCGCCACACUACAUGCACCGAAACAGAACAAAUUGUAAAUCCAAAUCUAUGAAUCAAUGCAUAUUUUCCUAGAGAUUUGAGCAGUUAUGAAUGGAUUAUAUGUAAAUGUACGUAUGUGUAUAAAGAAAUAUAUUUUUUUGCAUUAUACGGCUUGCUGGGGGUUGGUGGGAGAGGGGGGGGGGGGAUUUUGCGAGCAUCAUUUGAUAUUCUUAUUUUCUGUCCCAAGCGGUUUUUAAUGGUUUUAAUGUAGCCGGACUGGAGGCAGUGUCUUCCCAUGGACUGUCGACGCGCCGUUCUUUCAUUUCUGCUGAAGCUUCACCGCAGAGCAGGAACUCACUUCCAGCCAUCGAACCAGACGUGGCUCAGGAGUUUUUUUUUGUUAUUUUUUUCACUUUACAGUAUCCAAGUGACAAAUGAAGUAGUUUGGCUGCUGCGCUUUUAAUACAGAUCCAAUAAUGGUAAGAAGCAGCUUUUAUUUCUCUCUCUCUCUUUCCUAAAGCAUCUGGGGGAAAACUACAUCGAGAAGCCAUAUUUCUUUUCCUUUUUUUUUUUUUUUUCCUCAUUUGUUACUACAAAUGAUAAAUCCUCUGUGUUAACCCAUCUAAUUUAUUGUUUAUUUAUUGUAUUUAUUUUAUCUAGGUACAGACAUGCCAUAUUGACGUAUCAAUUCAACCACCAGGCCCGGUGAAAUUGUAUUUAUCGGAAAAAAAAAUCUUUUCCCGGUUUAAAAUGCAGUACCUAUUUAUUCGUAAUUUUUAUGACUAUUAGUUUUAAAAAAAAGAAAAACAAUAAUAACCGGGUUAAUAAUAAAGUUACUAUGCAGCUCUGUCAUAUGUGUUUCAUAAUGACUGUAUAACUACUCAAAUGUCCUUAAAUUCCAUUAUGCAAAAACUUCUUUCUCCAAAUCUGUAGAAAAAUAAAAAACGUUUUUUUGUUUUUUUUUUUUUUUCUUUUUUUUUUCUUCCCAAAUUGCUUCUUAUGGUGAAUAAAACAUGAACUCAGGCAAAUGAAAUGUAUUGAUUAAAAUACAGUAUUACAACACGCUGAAUACCUUACCACAACACUCCUGAAGGAUGUCACUCUAGUCUGAAUAGGAGCUAGAACUUCAAAGACGUAAUUAUCUUUGUAAAAUGUAUGCAUUUUUAUAUCAAAAAAACAUUGUAGCAUCUUUGUACAUAUUUUUUAUAAUAAAAGGUGCAACUAUUGA